AUGGCUCAUAGCAAGAGAAACACCAGCCGGCCUAUCUUUACCUCUCACGAGCGCGCCAUGGCCCGCGCCGCCUGGGGCUCAUCCUCAGCCCGCCUUUCGCGCGAGUCAUUUCUGCCCUUCGCAUCCUGCUGGCUGUGUCUUGAGCCCGCCAUAGACCCAGUUGCAUGUUCGUACGGCGACAUUUUCUGUCGCGAGUGCGCCUUGUCGAAUAUCCUUGCGCAAAAGAAAGAGAUUAGACGAUUGGAGAAGAUGAGGGAGCAGGAGGAGCGCGAGAGGCUGGAAGAGGAGGCUAGAAGGGAUGCUGAGGCGAGGGAGAGGGCCAUUAGGGAGUUUGAACUUACGCAGUUGGGACUAAGUAUACAGCAGGCAGGGAGGGAGACUAAGAGUUCUGGGAAGGACAACCUUGAGCGUUCAGGGCCGUUGAAGAAUGGGGUAGUUGGUGAGAGCGGGCAGAGUCACGGCGAAAAGAGGGGCGAGAAGCGCAAGUUCUCUUUGGAUGCCGAUGAGCUUGCCCGUAUUGCCGAGGAAGAGAGGAUAAAAGUUCGAAAAGCCAUCGAAGAAGAAAAGUCCUCAAAGCCAUCCCUACCGUUCUGGGCUCCCGCCGCGACACCCUCGACCGACUCGCGCAGUACCGAACCCAAGAAUAAAAAGACUCGACCCAUCUGUCCUGCCGCUCCAGAAGACAACCCUCACCCUUACUCACUCCACAGUCUUAUAACCAUCAAAUUCACCGAAGAAACCGACUCCGAAACGAAACAACUCCAGCGCAUCUGCCCCUCUUGCAAAAAAGCCCUAACCAACGCAUCUAAAGCCAUGCUAGCCAAGCCUUGUGGGCAUGUCCUCUGCCGCAGCUGCGUCGGCCAAUUCAUGAAGCCAUCUGCGGCUGAUGGGACGGUACGAUGCUUUGUGUGUGAUACUGAUGUGACAGAAAAGCCUGCUAAAGAAAGCGAAGAGAAAAAGGAAAAGGAUAAGAUUCAACCUGGCCUGGUUGAACUGCGCCGGGAGGGGACAGGGUUCUCGGCGGGAGGGAAGAAUCAGAAUGGCCUGCGCAUGAGAUAUCUCCAAACCUUUGAGAUGGCUGACAGCCAAAGCCCUCCUCGCCAAGUUCGUGACAACUUUGUCAACCUUUCGCCAAAUUAA